UUUCACAAAUGUACGCCAGCGACAGCAAGAGUCGGUGUGUAUCUCACAGAUACUAAAUAAAAAGACCGAAUCGCGUUUUCGCAUUCGUUCCCACAGCAAAAGCGUUCAGUUAAGCAGUUUGUCUAGGAAAGCCGAGUUGGAUGAGCGUAGCGAAUCGCUGGUGCGCUGCUGCUCCCGGUCACAACAAAAUACAAAAUAAAAAUUAGAAAUUAAAAAGUCAAAAAACUACUUAGAAGUCAAGGAAAGAAAAUCAUUUUUGCGCUCGCUCUGGUGCUAAAAAAAGUGCGUGAUAUUGCUUGAAUAAAGCAAAGUAAAAAUAAUUGCAGUGCUAUAAUAUUUUACAUAUGUGCAUACAAAUGUACAUAUGUAUAUCCGUGGGGGGUACAUUUAUGUAUGGAAAAAAAGUUUUUGAGAGUGUUUCCACAUAUGUACAUACAUACAUUGGCCAACUGUCAGAAAUGCUGUGAAUUAGCCUCCUCGUUAAAUGCUAUACAUUAAAUACCUAAAUGAAUUCUAAAAUGAAUCAUAAAAGCGUGAAAAAGUCUUGCAAAAAUGUGGGCAAAUAAGAAAUUUUAUUCUAUUGAGUUUUGAGUGAAUUUAAUAAAAGACAAGCUAAAGUAACAAAGCUCUAACCAGUGGGUCAUAUGCAUGUAGAUACAUACAUACAUACCUAAAUAAAAUUAAUUUAAAUUAAAUAUUUACAUGUGCAUAUGCACAUAUGCACAUACAUACAUACGUCUAUGUGCCAAUAAACCAUGUGAACGCGAGCCAAAAGUAGCCGCAGUGCAUGCAUAACAACAUACUCGUACAUACAUAUGUACAUAUGUACAAAUUAAUAAUCAAAGUGAAAAACUAAAAUAAAAACAAAACAAACAAAAUAUCAAAUAACGAUUCGCUGAGUUUUAUACAUCUUUGACAGAUGAGCACUCGGUCGCUUAGUCGGUUGAUCAUUCAUUCCGCCUUCCUCAUGUGCACAACAAAGUGAUAGUGAUACGGUUUAUAAAAUCGUUUGAAUACAAAGCGGAGAUAAAAAUCUCAAGCCAUUAUCUAAUUCAAGCCGCAACUAAUUGAAUAAAUUGACCGACUACAAUAACAAAUUGAACGCAUUCACCAGCAAUCGAAUCAGCACCAACUGUGACAACUUGAAAACAUACCAACUUAUAUACAUACAUAAAAACAUACAUACAUACAUACGUAUGUACAUACAUAUGUGUUUAUAGAUUAUAUAUAUGUACUUAUAUGUAUGUACAAAUCUAAAUUGCAUCAGCUAAGAAAAGCAUUAGCAAACUAUAUAGUGUACCGUUACGUCCCAGUGAGACCAGAUGACACAAUUAACGUUCAGACUUCCAUAAAUAUAAAAUGAUGUUACAGCAACUGAAAAUGGAUUCUCAGCCACAACCACGAGCCGUUGGCGCAGACUAAGGUGUGCCAGCAUACGACUAAACUUCAGCUCGAGGAUUGUUAGGCAGGUAAAGAAAGUUAGGCUGCAUUAAAUAUACAAACAUAAAUGCAUACAUAAUAUGUAUGUACAUACACGUAUAUAUGGCGCAAGUUUGCUAACACGCAACGGUUAAAAGGAAAAUUCAGGAAAAUCGAUUUCUCAUUGUUUGAUGCACCAACGACUACAAGCACGCGCUUGCAUACAUUCGUACACACAUAUGUAUAUGUACAUAUGUAUAUAAAGCUAACAACGAAAGAAAAGCAGUCGAAAAAAUGGAGCUGUGCUUACGAAAAUCGCAUAGACCUACAGUUUCGGCGAAAAUCAAUUCGGCGUCACAUGACUACAGUAAAAAACGCAGACAUGAGACGUAUUCUGAUUGCUAAGCAAACUACGAAUUGAUUGAUUUAAUUGCAAUUAAACGCAGCCGAUAGCAGCAGCAAUUACCAAGACCACUGCUGCGCAAUCAAAAAUGAGGGUUCGCAAAAUACCCUUACCGUUGCCUAACACGGGAUUAAUGCAUCGCAAGAGGAAUACAUAUUAUAUGCGUGUAGUUUUGUGUGCAGCGCUGAUCGUAUUUAUACUAAUGCAGCUAAAUGUUUUCAGUUUCACCGAUUCUCGUGAAAUGUCGAUGCUGAAUGAACCAACUAAUGAUUCAAUCGAUGCGAUGCUCUCUAUGGUGCCAUCGGUGCUGCAUAAGUUUCUAACACCAAAAUCUAGAAACCAAACAGCAGCUGCGCACAUGCAGCAGAAUAGUACCACUAGUGGCAGAUAUAAUUCCUCGAGCUAUACGGAUUACUAUCAUCCGCCAAAUAUUUCGGAGAUAAAACAACAAAUCGCUAAAUACAAUGAACUGCAAAUAGUUUUAAAUGAGGACACUUAUGGUCCUUUGCAAAAUGAUUCUGUGAUAAUCGUAGUACAGGUGCAUACACGUAUAACUUAUCUACGCCAUUUAAUCGUUAGUCUAGCGCAGGCUAAGGAUAUUUCCAAGACUUUAUUAAUAUUCUCGCAUGACUAUUACGAUGAUGACAUCAAUGAUUUGGUGCAAACAAUCGAUUUUUGUAAAGUGAUACAGAUAUUCUAUCCAUACUCUAUACAAACACAUCCAAAUGAGUUUCCCGGCGUAGAUCCCAAUGAUUGUCCACGUGAUAUGAAAAAGGAUCAUAAUUUUAUUACAAAUUUCAUUAACAGAGCUAUAGCGCGUAAAUGUAACAAUGCGCUAUAUCCCGAUCUGUAUGGGCAUUAUAGGGAGGCGAAAUUCACACAGACCAAACACCAUUGGUGGUGGAAGGCGAAUCGUGUAUUCGAUCAAUUAGAUGUGACCCGUUAUCAUACUGGUCUUGUAUUGUUCCUAGAGGAAGAUCAUUAUGUGGCAGAAGAUUUUCUAUAUCUUCUGGAAAUGAUGCAAUCUUCAACUGGCAGUCUAUGUCCGCAAUGCGAUAUACUCUCGCUGGGCACAUAUUUGAAAACAUUCAACUACUAUACAUACAAUAGCAAAACUAAUAAAAAAUCCCUUAGCAGCCAAUAUGCUUCCUCGUUGCUCACUUCCAGCAAUUUAUUAGGAUAUAAUCGCAAUAAAAAUAGAAAUUCACUGCAAAUGUCAUCGCACGCAUCGUCAUCGUCAUCGUCCACAUCAGCAGCGAAUAGUUUUAAUAAAAAGUAUUUUAAUGAAAAUAUAUAUAAAAAUAAUGAUAAUGAAAAUAAAGAUAAAGUCUAUGUUGGUGAUACAAACACCAAUGUCAACAACAACAACAACAACAACAACAACAACGCACACACCAUUAAUAACCACAAUACCAUAACCACUUCCACCACAACCACAACAGAUAAAAGCGCCGCACAGCAAUCGUGGAGUUAUCACGUGCUACCAUCACUAUAUUCAAUCUAUCAGAAGGUUGAAGUGAUGCCUUGGAUUAGCAGUAAACAUAAUAUGGGUUUCGCAUUUAAUCGCAGCACUUGGUCCAAUAUAAGAAAGUGUGCGCAACAUUUCUGUUUUUACGAUGAUUAUAAUUGGGAUUGGUCGCUACAUUAUGUGUCCCAACAGUGUUUGCAGAAGAAGCUGCAUGCAAUGAUCGUUAAAGGUCCAAGAGUCUUCCAUAUUGGCGAGUGCGGUGUUCAUCACAAAAAGAAGAAUUGUGAGUCCAAUCAAGUGAUAGCCAAGGUGCAACAAGUCUUACGUAUAGCACGUAAGUCCAAACAGCUGUUUCCGCGCAGCCUAUCCUUAACGGCCGCAAGUUUAGUAAAGAAAACGAAAUUGCGUAAAGGUAACGGCGGUUGGGGCGAUCGUCGGGAUCAUCAGUUAUGUAUGAAUAUGACGAAAUCGAUUAAUGAAAGUUGAAUUGAAACCAAUUAAUCUGUUUAUAUAGUGAACUAAAAUAUGAUAUUAUAGCGAAAUUUUUACACAAACACAUUCACACAAACAUAAAAUUAUCGAAUUGAACUACAAUUAUAAUACACAAACGCGUUGCGUAUGAAUGAAUAACAGUAGACUUUUUUAAUUAAAUUAUUUUACAUUUAUAUGUACAUAUAUGUAGAUUAGAGUAGUUUUUCAUGCAGUUUUUCAAGUGGUCACAUAGCAUAGACGCUAACAAUUUAAUUUGUACAAUUUAUUAUAUAAUUUUUUUUUUUCAAUAUUUUCAAAAUGUUCUCGUAAAUACUAGCCAAAGACUUCUUUCAGUCAAUUUAAUCAACAUAAAUAUAUAUUUGCUUAAGAUGUCGAAAUUGACUGCAUAAAUUUUGAAAGUGAUUGAUUCUGUUAAACAUCACUAUCUCUGAAGGGUUGCCAACAAUGUGAAAUUUCCAUAAGUUUUGAUCAAUGUCCAUAUUCAAUUUAUAAAGCUAUUCUUAUUGAAUAUUUUAAUUCCUUUAACGGCGGAGAUGGUGGUAAAUUUUACACUAUCUUCGCAUUUAUUUGAAUUACCGAGAAAACAGCAUGUGGAAUUAAGUUUACAUAUAGUAAAAAGUUCGUUCGGUUUUUAUCUAAGAGAUGGCGUAUUGUUAUUGAGAAAUUUCGCUAAAUUUUAAAAUU